CUCGCGCUAGCUGCGCGAACAGCUCGGAAGGAGGGAGGGCGGCGGCCCAGGCUCGCUCGGCCGCGCGCCCCGCCCCUCGGAGGCCGGCCUUCCAGCGCACCCCCGCCGUCCUUAGCGCUUGCGGGGACCGAGCGCCCAAGCUGCCGGCCGCGACCCGGGCCCAGCCGCCUCCCGGGCCGCACCAGUACUGGAGGGAAGAGCCGCCCUGGGGAGGAGGGAAAGGGACCUGGGGGCGGCCACGGCAGGGUUAACCUCCAUUUCAGCUAAUCAUGGGAGAGAUUAAAGUCUCUCCUGAUUAUAACUGGUUUAGAAGUACAGUCCCCCUUAAAAAGAUCAUCGUGGAUGAUGAUGAUAGUAAGAUCUGGUCGCUCUACGAUGCGGGCCCCAGAAAUAUCAGGUGUCCCCUCAUAUUUCUCCCUCCGGUCAGCGGCACUGCAGAUGUAUUUUUCCGGCAGAUUUUGGCUUUGACUGGAUGGGGUUACCGGGUUAUAGCUUUGCAAUAUCCAGUUUAUUGGGACCACCUUGAAUUCUGCGAUGGAUUCAGAAAACUUUUAGACCAUUUACAGCUGGAUAAAGUUCAUCUCUUCGGGGCUUCUUUGGGAGGCUUUUUGGCCCAGAAAUUUGCUGAAUACACUCACAAAUCUCCCCGAGUCCAUUCCCUCAUCCUCUGCAAUGCCUUCAGUGACACUUCUAUCUUUAACCAAACAUGGACUGCAAACAGCUUUUGGCUGAUGCCAUCGUUUAUGCUCAAAAAAAUAGUUCUCGGCAACUUUUCCUCUGGCCCAGUGGACCCUAUGAUGGCUGACGCCAUUGACUUCAUGGUGGACAGGCUGGAAAGUUUGGGUCAGAGUGAACUGGCUUCAAGACUUACCCUGAAUUGUCAGAAUUCUUACGUGGAACCUCAUAAAAUUCGGGACAUCCCUGUCACCAUUAUGGACGUGUUUGACCAGAGUGCACUUUCAACUGAAGCUAAAGAAGAAAUGUACAAACUGUAUCCUAACGCCCGGAGGGCUCACCUUAAAACAGGAGGCAAUUUCCCGUACCUGUGCAGAAGUGCAGAGGUGAACCUUUAUGUCCAGAUACACCUGCUACAAUUCCACGGAACCAAGUAUGCAGCCAUUGACCCAUCGAUGGUCAGUGCCGAGGAGCUCGAGGUGCAGAAAGGCAACUUCGGCAUCAGUCAGGAGGAGCAGUAGCCGGGGCGUCGGCUGUCAGUGGUGAGUGACCCAGCGAGUCCGCACAGUGACAUCCGUUCCCGCCCGUCGGCCUCUCCGUUCGCCAGGUUCACCGCUUAUCACUGUGUUUGGAACGAGGACCGAGUGUCGACUUUGUGACAGGCGGCAGCUCUUCUAAGCCCGUGUAACUAUUCCCUCUUUGGUUUUUUUAGCUUUUGAAUUUAAAGAAGUACUUUUGAAGACACUCAUUUUAAGACUUGUGAAAAUUUUGCUACCAAAAGUCUUCACUACUAUGUUAAGUUAACGUUAAUUUUGGAAGUUCGGGAUUUGUGGGGGUUUUUUUCUUUCCUUUUUCUUCCUUUUUGUUACUUGCUGUAAAUGUUGCAUAUCCACACCGUGUGUCAGAAGGACACUGGUUAUUUUUAUGCUCCUCUUGGUUAUAAGCAUUAUCAGUGCCAAGGCUGUCACCUAUUGUUGGCUCUCCUGCAAAUCAACUACUUCUAAUUUCCAGUUAAGCUCGUUGUUUUCCGUUUUGGCUGUGGUCUUUCUACCCAUUACAGUCUUUGGAAUAAAAAUUCAAUUUCA